UUCAGUUGUCUGUGAAAAUGGAUCCUUUAUAUUUGGCCUUAUCUUUGCAUCGAAGACGAAAAUUUGAUGAAUGUAUCAAAAUUUGUACCCAGGAAUUGGAAAAAACGCCUUUAGAUCAGGCCUUUUGGUUAUUAAAAAUGCGAUCUUUAACAAGUCAAGUUUUUGUUGACGAUGUUGAGGCUGAUGAAGAAGGAAUUGCUGAGCUACUCAUGGACGAUAAUGCAAUUUCCUCUGUACCGAGACCUGGAACAUCACUCCGAGUACCGUCAGCAAACCAAUCAAUUGGAAGAGAUUCCCCAAAUGGUUCCUCAAACAAUCCAUUAAUCACAUCUUCAACUCCAUUUACUGGUAACAGACCUAUUACUCAAUCAGGUCGCCCGAUAACUGGAAUGCUUAGACCGGGAACUCAAAGUAGUGCAUCAAAAAUUGGUAGUAUGGAGAAUACAUUGAAGACUCCAAGAACUUCAAGAACAGCUCGACCAAUGACUUCAGCAUCAGGCCGAUUUGUGCGAUUAGGAACUGCCUCAAUGUUAUCAGGAUCUUCAGGAAGCUAUGAUGACGGUCCUUUCAUAAACUUAGCUCGUCUCAAUAUAGCUAAAUAUGCAACUUUACCGGUAUUAUCAAAAUCUCUGUUUGAAUAUAUACUCUAUAAGGAAGGUGAUGUUCGCCAUGCUCUAGAUUUAGCAGCUCAAGGGUCUCAACACUCAACAUUUAAUGAUUGGUAUUGGAAGCUAGGACUAGGAAAAUGUUAUUAUAAAAUGGGUUUAUUACGCGACGCUGAAACUCAGUUCAGAUCAGCCUCGAAACACAAUGAAUCAACUGUUGACGUUUACCUUUGGCUGGGUAAAGUGUAUCUUCGUCUAGAUCAACCUUUAGCUGCAUUAAACAUUUACAAAACUGGUUUAACCAAAUUUCCCAGUGAAACGUUUCUUCUCGCUUAUUGUGCUCGAGUCCAUGAAGCUUUAUCCCAAUUGGAAGAAUCAGUAACAAUUUAUAAAGAAAUUUUAUCCUACGAGGCGACCAAUGUUGAGGCCAUUGCUUGUAUUGCCAUGCAUCACUUUUAUUGUGACCAACCAGAAAUUGGAUUGCGAUAUUAUCGACACUUGCUUCAAAUGGGAACAAAGAAUGCUCAAAUCUAUAACAAUUUAGGAUUAUGCUGUUACUAUUCACAACAAUUUGACAUGGCAAUUACUUGUUUUGAAAAGGCUUUAAAUGCAGCUCAAGAAGAUGAUUUGGUCGCUGAUAUUUGGUACAAUAUCGGAAUGAUUGCAAUCGGAUCUGGUGACAAACAGUUAGCCAGUCAAGCUUUUAGAUUAGCUCUUGUUGCUGAUAAUACUCACCCUGAAGCUUACAAUAAUUUAGGUGUUCUUGAAAUGACCAAAACUAACCCAACAACACACAAUUUACAUCAAGCAAAGGCCUUUUUCCAAGCUUCAGCCACAGCAUCAGAGACAAAUGGCUGUCCAAUCUAUGAACCUCAUUAUAAUUUAUCAUUAAUUGGUGAAAAAACUGGACAUUAUGACCUAUCUUAUCAAAGCGUCAAGAAAGCGUUAUCUAUUUAUCCCAAUUUUUAUGCUGCUAAAGCCAUUUAUGAAAGAAUCAAAAAGGAAUAUGAAAAUGUUUAAUUCAAUUCAAAAAAUUGAAUAGCAAGGAUAAGAUAAAAGCAAGAAACAAUAUAAAUUAGAUGUAAUAUAAUAAAUGAUGGAU